AUAAUAGUUAAUCUAGCUUUUAUUUGACAGUAAUAGACUUGCUAGUACUACUAUAGGAAACUGUACCAAGUAUGCAUUACACGUGAAUGUCCAGCUAUUAUCCAUAUGUCAAAAUUGAAUGCAUUAAUUACUUACCAAUAAAAACUACUCCCUCCGUCCCAAAAUAUAAGCAAAAGUUGGUCAACAAAACAUCAAGUUUAUUUGACCCACUUUUGCUUAUAUUUUGGGACGGAGGGAGUAUUAAAUAUACUUGACUACAUAGUAAAAUACAGUAACUGAUCUACAUCACUGGCAUAUAACAAGACACAUUCGGGCCGGUUCGGUCACCGAUGGGUGUAACUUAGAAAACCGAACCCGACCGACUAGACCCAUUAAAAACCAAUUUUCUUGUUUUUUGAACCCGAAAUCCAUUUAAAACCGACCCGUAACAUAAAAAACCGUCCGGUUUAACUGGGUUGGCUUGGUUAUGCGGGUCCUGUCCACCCCUACUAGUACCCUCCCUACCUAUAGGAACCAACCACCCCACAAGAAACAAAGAAAAAGGGUGGACAAAUCAAAUAUCAAAACAUGGAAGGAGAAAUUAACAAUUUCAUCAUGGUAUGGACAAUAGCUGCAUCAACAAUGUCCUAUUGCCACACAAUUGGCAAACUAACCUCUCAAGGCAUACCAAGACUUCUAUCCCUCUUACCAGCCAUCAUCCUCCUCUUCCUCCUCCCUCUAAGACUCACCUCAAUCCACCUUGGAGGCCCCUCUUCUUUCUUCAUAGGUUGGCUUUCCACCUUCAAACUUUUCCUUUUUGCCUUUAACAAAGGCCCUCUCUCAACUAACCCUCCUCUCUCUUUACUUCACUUCAUCUCCCUAGCAUGUCUUCCCAUCAAAUUCCAACACCAACCCAAUAAAAAUCACCCCUCAAAACCCAAUAUUUCAAAAAAAGACCACAAAUCAAAAUCAACACUUAGCUAUGCAUGUGUAACAAUAAUUAUCAUAUUAGCCUUAUUAAUUCCUCUCUAUAGUAAAAAAGAAAAAUUCCAUCCAAAAUUUGUUUUUUUAUUAUACACAAUCCACAUGUAUAUUGGUCUUGAAUUUUUUUUUGCAUUAGCUUCAACAUUCACCAGAAAAAUUCUGAAUGUUGAUUUAGAGCCACAAUUUGAUAAACCAUAUCUAAGUACAUCACUUCAAGAUUUUUGGGGGAAAAGGUGGAAUAUUACGGUGAAUCGAGUACUACACCCUACGGUAUAUGACCCCGUGAUGAAUAUUUCUAGCCGUUUGAUUGGAAGAAAGUGGGCCCCAGUACCCGGGAUUCUGGCUACAUUUGUCGUGUCAGCUAUGAUGCAUGAAGUUGUUUUUUAUUACAUUAAAAGAGAGAAACGCACGUGGGAAACGUGGGAACCCUCGUGGGAUGCAAUGUGUUUUUUUAUUUUGCAUGGGGUGUGUUUGGUUAUACAAGUUGGAGUUAAAAAGGCGUUUGGUGAUAAGUUGAGGUUGCCGAAGGUGGUUUCGUGGUUGUUUACGGUGGUUUUCGUGUGGUAUACGGCUUUGUGGUUGUUUGUUCCGGCGCUUGUACGGUGUCGUGUUUAUGAAAAGGCUUCUAGAGAGUUGAUUGCUUUAACUGAGUUUGGGAAGGACGUGUACCAUAUGUUGUACUAACUUGUAAGCGCUGUGUUUUCUGUGUGAAAAGAAAAAGUGGAUAGUAUACCAUCAUUGAUGAUAUUCUUUGCCAUUUGUAAAGUAAAAACAAGAUAUUACUUUUUCUUGGACUUAGAUUUGAUACGGUCAUGCAGUUAUUCUUAUGAAUCGUCUAAUCAAUGAUUGAUGAUUGAGACUAAAUAUAACCUUUUUUUUAUUAGUAUGUAAUUUGAGCUGUCUGAACGGCUGUAAUUGAAAAUUGCAUGUAUCUUUGUGUUAUACUUACAACAUUCAAUCCAAAUUCCUUUUUUUUCUG